UAGAGUUACUGUGUUAAAAAGCAAUCAUCCAAUCACUCCUUUGCUUAGAUAACCCCCUAAGUGAUGCAACUAUUUUCCAUCUCCAGGCAGCUAUAUCGUUUACCCACAGCAAACAUGGCGGAAAGGGCGUCAGUCUGACACUUGGGCCCCCAAUAAAGAUGGCUACAGCACUUCCUGUGUUUGCCCUCAACAAAGAUGGCGACGAUACUUCCUGUUCAGGGCUUUCGCCUUAAACAAAGAUGGCGCUUAUGGUACAGGUUCCCUAACAGUCUGGAUUCCGGUUGCAGUUUUUUUUUUUUUUUCCUAAGAUACGUGUUUGCAGACGAGGAAAUGGAGGCUAGAGACAAGCAAGUGCUGCGCUCCCAUCGCCUGGAGCUGGGUGCAGAGGUACUGGUGGAGGGCCUGGUUCUUCAGUAUCUUUACCAGGAAGGGGUCUUGACGGAAAACCACGUUCAAGAAAUCAAAGCUCAAGCCACAGGCCUCCGGAAAACAAUGCUGCUGCUGGAUAUCCUACCUUCCAGAGGUCCUAAAGCAUUUGAUGCGUUCCUAGAUUCCCUGCAGGAAUUUCCCUGGGUGAGGGAGAAGCUGGAGAAGGCAAGAGAAGAAGCCCUAACUGAGCUGCCUGCAGGUAGGCCUCAAAAAGAUCACUUCAGACCAGCUCCAGAAUUGAUGGAACUAUGUCCUUUGGAUUUGAAGUUGGGGUUUUAGGCUGGGAGGGGGAUGGCGUUUCCUGAAAGUGGAUAAGGAGUUUGGACUGAAGGCACGUGGCAUUGGAGGGACGGGAUGAGGAGGUGGAAUUAGGAAGUGCAGGGAAGGAAGGAAGGAUGAACCAUGAUUGAGAGGGUCAGGAGGGAGCUCAGAGAAUACAUUUAGAAAUGCUUCCAGGGAAACUUGGCAAGUCACUUGGGAGGCAUGUUCUCAUCCAAGAGCCAGGUCGUUGGCAUCAGGACCAUUGGAAAGUGCAGAUGGGAAAGCAGGCAUUAGGCCUACUGAUAACUGGUUCAUGGGGUGCCAGAGCUGCCGGCAAGAAGAGGUCAGGUUCAUAGAGGAGGAGACAGCCUUUAGGAAGGCACACCUUACACCUGUUCCUUGGGCUGC